AUGUCGUACGCUUACCUGUUCAAGUACAUCGUUGUCGGCGACACAGGCGUUGGAAAAUCAUGUCUCAUGUUACAGUUUACUGACAAGCGGUUUCAACCUGUGCACGACUUGACCAUAGGUGUCGAAUUUGGGAGUCGGAUGGUUACCAUUGACAACAGAAAAAUAAAGCUCCAUAUCUGGGACACGGCAGGUCAGGAAGCUUUCAGGUCAAUCACCCGAUCCUACUACAGAGGUGCUGCUGCUGCCCUUCUGGUUUAUGACAUCACUAGGAGGGAGACCUUCAGCCACCUCACGAGCUGGCUAGAAGAAAUGAGGCAACUGGCUGAUGGCAACAACAACAUCACCAUAGUUCUGGUCGGCAACAAGUUGGAUUUGGAGCAGAGGCGAGCCGUUAGCACCGAGGAAGGCGAGCAGUUUGCCAAGGAGAACGGCCUCGCCUUCAUAGAAACCUCUGCAAGAACUCGGCACAACGUGGAUGAGGCGUUCGUCAAAACUGCGUCGGCAGUGUACCACAAAAUUCAGGAAGAUGCCAUCGAUAUGUCGAAGUGUACUGGUGCCAAGGUUGGAGAUGUAUUACUCCUUCAUGGUGACACGCUGUCAUCUCAAGCAGCCAGCUGCUGCAGCAGCUGA